UUGUUUCGUUUACUUCCUCAAAACACAGAACAGAAGAGAUUUAAAGGAUCAAUUGUGAUGAUGGCUAACUUGCUUCACACCAAUCAAUCUCACUUCUUAUUCUUCAAUCAUCAUCCGCCAAUCUCCACCGUUCAUUCAAAGUCGCAGUCUUUUCACUUCCCGCAAUCAAUGGCUCCGGUUAACAGCCUCCGUACGAAUCUCUCCGUUCGCCGGAGUGUACGGUGUAUGGCGAACCCGAGGCGAGUGAAGAUGGUGGCUAAGCAGAUAAUGAGGGAACUUUCCGAUAUGCUUCUCACUGACACGGUUUUACAGCACGCCGUGUUGCCUGAAGCUGCUCUUGGAGCUGACCGCUACCUCUCUUCUCUUACCACCAUCAGUGAUGUUGAGGUCUCUAAUGAUUUGCAGGUGGUCAAAGUAUAUGUAUCCGUGUUUGGUGAUGAUAGAGGGAAAGAUGUUGCAAUUGCGGGGUUGAAAUCAAAAGCUAAGUACGUUAGGAGUGAGCUUGGGAAACGAAUGAAGUUGAGAUUGACGCCUGAGGUCAGAUUUAUUGAGGAUGAAUCCAUGGAAAGAGGAAGCAGGGUGAUUGCAAUACUGGACAAAAUAAAAGCUGAGAAAGGAAGCGGUGAUGGUGUAAACGAACCAUCUGAUUCAGCAGAGGAUAAUCAAGAUUGGGAAGUGGAUGACCCUGACGAAGACAUCAUCUAUGUAAAGUAAUGGGUCUGAAGCAGUUUAAGCACCAAGCACGAGUGCGUAUCCCUCUGAUGUAACGCUCCAUGCGUUAUCCUUUUCCAUGUUUUGUGUGAAGUUUUUGGACGAUAUUAAAAGGCGGAAUGGAGAACGGAGAAGAUGAAUACCGAUGACAGUUACUUCUUAUAAAACUCAUCUAUGGAGCCUGAAAGCUUCUUUGGUCCGUUACUCAAGAUAUCUCCUACAAAAUGUUAUUUUGGAUUAGUCAGUGUAACGGUCUAGGCAUAAGCUCUCUUGUUUCUGUAAUUCGUUGUAAUGUCCUCUUUGUUUGGUGUCAUCUUAGGUGUUCUGACGACAAUUCUCAGAUAACAACUAAUUAGAAAGUAUGUGAGAAUUUUGAAAUACAUACCA